CCUCAGCCCGCUCUGAACUCCAAUCCAGUUCCUCUCUGUAUUGCCUCAAUAUGUCUCAAGAUGGCCGCCAAUGUGGGAUCGAUGUUUCAAUAUUGGAAGAAAUUUGAUUUACAACUGCUUCAGAGAGAACUCGAUGCCACAGCCACAGUAUUGGCCAAUCGUCAGGAUGAGAGUGAACAGUCCCGAAAACGGCUUAUUGAGGAAAGUCGCGAAUUUAAGAAAAACACACCAGAGGACUUCAGGAAACUGGUGGCACCAUUACUGAAGAGUUUCCAGGCAGAGAUUGAUGCGUUAAGUAAAAGGAGCAAAGAAGCAGAGGCAGCCUUCUUGAAUGUUUACAAAAGAUUAAUUGAUGUUCCAGAUCCUGUAGCAGCGCUGGAUGUGGGACAACAACUGCAGCUCAAGGUCCAGCGUAUGCACGACAUUGAAACAGAGAAUCAAAAACUCCGUGAAACACUUGAGGAAUACAACAAGGAGUUUGCUGAAGUCAAGAAUCAGGAGGUUACAAUAAAGGCACUUAAAGAAAAAAUCAAAGAGUACGAGCAGACGUUGAGCAGCAGAGCGGAAAUCCUUGCACUUGAGAAAGAACAGAAACUGCAGAAUGACUUCACAGAAAAGGAAAGGAAGCUGCAGGAGAUGCAGACGUCCUUGGCUUCCAAGUUUGAUGAGGCCGAACACAAGGUUCAAGUUUUGCAGACAGCCCUGGAAUCCACUCAGACAGAGCUGUUUGAUUUGAAAACAAAGUACGAUGAGGAAUCAACUGCAAAAGCCGAUGAAAUUGAAAUAAUCAUGACAGAUGUGGAACGAGCCAAUCAGAGGGCAGAGGUGUCUCAGAGAGAGGCCGAGGCCUUACGGGAGCAGCUUUCCUCAGCUAACAAAUCCCUCCAGCUGGCCACUCAGAUACAGAAGGCACCUGAUGUGGAGCAGGCCAUCGAGGUGCUGACACGGUCCAGCCUGGAGGUUGAGCUGGCGGCUAAAGACCGUGAGAUUGUGCAGCUCGUGGAGGAUGUGCAGCGGCUACAGGCAAACCUGACCAAACUCCGCGAGAGCUCAGCAGGUCAAGUCUCACAGCUCGAGCAGCAGCUCAGUGUAAAGAACAGUACGCUGAAGCAACUUGAAGAAAAGCUGAAAGGACAGUCUGACUAUGAAGAGGUGAAGAAAGAGCUGAGUAUCCUAAAGUCCAUGGAAUUUGUACCUUCAGAAGGAUCUGGAUCACAGGACACAUCCAAGACCCUGGAGGUACUUCUGCUGGAGAAGAACCGAUCGCUGCAAUCUGAAAAUGCAACGCUGCGCAUCACCAACAGUGACCUUAGCGGGUCAGCCGGGAGAAAUGGGAAAGACCGACUUGAGAGUCUGCGCCCUUCGACCUCACCAUCCUCCCCUCCCUCUAAGUUGCUGCGUAACGCGAAUGAGCAGGCUUCCAGUGCUAAUGGUACGCACCAAUUCUCACCGACCGUUUUAGGUCAAGACUUUUUCAACACAUCAUUGACCAGCUCCCCGUUCCCCCUGGCUUCUGCGGGGAAAUUUGCACUAAAUUCUCUUCUUCAGCGGCAGCUAAUGCAGUCCUUCUACUCCAAGGCAAUGCAGGAUGCGGGAAGCACAACCAUGCUUUUUCCAACAGGUCCCUACAGCACAAACUCCAUAUCGUCUCCCAGCCCCAUCCAGCAGAACUCAGACCUCAACGGAAUGAUCCCCUCCCCCAGCCAGUCUGAGAGCGCUGGCAGCAUAUCUGAGGGUGAGGAACUGGACACAGCGGAGAUUGCACGGCAGGUCAAGGAACAGCUCAUCAAGCAUAACAUUGGUCAGCGGAUAUUUGGACAUUAUGUACUGGGGCUGUCGCAAGGCUCUGUGAGCGAAAUACUGGCCCGGCCCAAACCGUGGAAUAAGCUGACUGUUCGAGGGAAAGAGCCCUUUCAUAAGAUGAAGCAGUUCCUCUCCGAAGAGCAGAACAUAUUGGCGUUGCGCAGCAUCCAAGGCAGGCAAAGAGAGGUUCCAGGCCAGAACAUACAAAGAAUGUUGCAGGAAGUAAAGAAACGAAGAUAUGGUUCAGAAGGCAACAUCACCACAAGGAUCAGGACCCCUGAGACUGGCUCCGAUGAAGCUAUCAAAUCUAUCCUUGAGCAGGCCAAGAGGGAGCUACAGGUGCAAAAAACAGUUGACUCUGCUCAGCCACCCUGCACGUCUGGCAGUGGCAGCUCGGAUGAAGCCAUCCGGUCGAUCCUCGAGCAGGCCCGGCGCGAGAUGGAAGCUCAGAAGUCCGUUCUGGAGCCCACGCUGAAAGCCACAGCUGUGUCUCAUGCCGACCUGAACCUCCACUCACCCAAAGUGGCGGCAUCUUCCUCCUCGCCUUUCUCUUCUUCCUCAGUCAUAGCCAUGAAAAAACCUUCUUCUUCCAUGCUGGAUUCUGGUAACUCUGCAGCACAGAGCUCACACGGGUUCAAAAAAGGACCGCAUGACUCCUGCCCCUCGGAGCUUUACGGCAUAGGGGAUACCCCUCACAAUGUGCUGAAACAGGUGAAAAACGAGCUGGGACGGGGCAGUAUCUGGAGGGACCAAUGGUGGAACACAGUCUGCCCCGACAGGAGGAGUUCCUUCUUCUCAGAAGACGGCAGGAUGGAGGAGGUGAGCAGUGGGAGGGAACGGUUCGGGAACCCCAGCAGGCACGAGCGAAAUCAGCUGCAGGGGCCUGGCUCGGCUGAUCACUGGAAAGACUGGCAAAACGCAGAGUCACCGUACUCUGACCUGGGUACAGUGGUGGCGAGCAGUAGCGUGACCCCACAGAGCAGCCCGCUGCCCUCCUCGCCCCUCAUCCCCAUCGCCAAGCCACACAAGCCCUCAGUGCCCCCACUCACGCCUGAGCAAUACGAGAUCUACAUGUAUCAGGAGGUGGACACAGCAGAGCUCACCCGCCAGGUCAAGGAGAAACUGGCCAAGAACGGCAUCUGCCAGAGGAUCUUCGGGGAAAAGGUUUUGGGCCUCUCACAGGGGAGCGUCAGUGACAUGCUGUCUAGGCCCAAGCCUUGGAGUAAACUGACUCAGAAAGGCCGAGAACCCUUCAUUCGGAUGCAGCUGUGGCUGAACGGUGAGCUGGGACAGAGCGUUCUCCCGUCCCAGGUUCAGCAACCAGGCCAAGAGAUAACCCCAAAGACCUCAGCCAGUUGCAGCCCGGCCCCUGAGUCCCCAAUCAGCUCCGCGGAGUCAGUGAAGAGUCUAGCAGAGCCGUCGUCACAGGCCCCCCCAGCCUCCGAGGGCAGCCAGGACAACCCGCCAGAGGCCUGCGAGCCACUCCCCGCUGACCCUCAGGCUCUGACAGCACUGCCAUUCGCCGGCCAGUCAGCGCUCAGCAUACAAGAGCUGGUCGCCAUGUCUCCCGAACUCGACACUUACACCAUCACCAAGAAGGUCAAAGAGGUGCUGACAGACAACAACUUGGGCCAACGUCUGUUUGGAGAGACCAUCCUGGGCCUGACACAAGGUUCCGUGUCGGAUCUGCUGGCACGGCCCAAACCCUGGCACAAGCUGAGCCUGAAGGGCAGGGAGCCUUUUGUCCGCAUGCAGCUCUGGCUCAAUGACGCAAGCAAUGUUGAGAAGCUGAUGGACAUGAAACGGAUGGAAAAGAAAGCCUACAUGAAGCGGAGGCACAGCUCAGUCAGCGACGGCCAUGGCAGUGACUCAUCAGUGGCUGGGCUGGACUACAGCCAGAGUGCCAGCCCCCAGCCUCAGGUCCAGCUCAAAAAGCCCCGAGUGGUCCUGGCCCCCGAGGAGAAGGAGGCCCUGAAGAGAGCUUACCAGUUGAAGCCGUACCCUUCCCCCAAAACUAUAGAGGAACUCGCUGCACAGCUCAACCUAAAGACCAGCACAGUCAUCAACUGGUUUCACAACUACAGGUCCCGUAUCCGAAGAGAGCUGUUCAUUGAGGAGGUGCAGGCAGGGUGUCAUGGCCAGGCAGGGUCCAGCGGUUCCCCCUCUGUCAGGGGCAGCAGGACGGGGCACAGCUCUGAGGGCGAGAGCUGUGACGGGGGAGACCUGGAAGCUGUGGCAGAAGAGAAGGAAAGCCUGGUGGGUGUGGAGGAUUACAGCGGGGGGCGGGGCAGCCCUCAGGGCGGGCAGGCCGACAGUCUGUGCGAGGAUGACGGCGAGGCUGCCAUGGCCGACAUGCAGGAUGCCAAGCCGGGCGACCAGAAGGAGACGUCUCACUCAGGGCGGGACGCCACCGUCUCCCCGAGUGCCGACAGCGAGGAUGAGGGCAGCCUGAAGUGCCCUGCCCGGAGCCGGAAGUCUGUCCGGGAAGCGCAGGAAUCUGAGACGUCCCCGGAGGAAUUCCCGAAGAGCCAGCCCGCAGGCCAGACAGCGGGGGGAGAGGAGCCCUCUACCUCGCCUGCUUCCACAUCGGCCUCUAUAGCCGAGACCACCUCUGUGUCCCGGCAGCCCUCCAGCGCAGCCACCCCCUCCCCCUCCCCGUCCACCGCGACCUUUCAGAAAGGCCUGUUCAGCUUCUCUGACACGGCCUCACCAGCCCAAAAAACAAGCCUGCGAGAAAACAGCUUAAGACGUAAGAAAGCAGCAAACUUGAACAGCAUUAUCCACCGUUUAGAGAAAGCUGCCAGUCGGGAAGAGCCCAUUGAAUGGGAAUUUUGAGAUUAAAUUAUUAAUUAUGCACAACUUCUGAGAGUUUAGGUAUAAAGAGACCUGGACAUUGUGUACUCAUUUUAUUCUGUCGCGCACUUAAUGCCCUGCAGGCCACAGGGCACAAAUGCCACAUAGGCCAAGGUGCAUAUAGAAAAAGGAGAGCAUUAAGUUCCGUUCAGCAUUGCAUUUUCAAACUAAAAGAAAGAGUUGAAAUGUGCAGUUAAGCUUUUUUGUACCCUGAAGUGUUUUUGUGUCAUGACUGAUUUUCAGACUGUCUGGGAUUAACUGUUACAGCUUUGCCUUUCUGCCCCCCACUCCCUCCGCCAGGUGGGGUCCACCGAGCAGAGACCCUCCCGGUUUCGAGAGGGGGGCGUUGUUUUGCCAUGAAAUGGCAGCAGAGCGAUAUUUACACUAUUAACUUCUUAACCAGAGAGAACGAAAAAAAAAUUGGAAGAGUUUUCAAAUGACUAGAAUUUUGUAGCUGUCCGGUUGCCACUGAGAGAUUGCACAGUCAUCUGACUCUAAACACACUAGCUUGGUUUCGUAGAUAUUUUGAGAAUUCCUGCUGUUUUAAACUUUGAAAGAGAAAAAAAAAACACAUUUAGUCCACUUAUUUUUAAAGAAAAAAAGGUCACGUUUAGAAAAAAAAACUAUUUGUUGAAAAGGAUGUGGUAGGUGAGUUAGUGUUUUCUUGUACGUGAACUAGAGUUAAUGAUACGUAGUCACAUUGUUUCAUAGCUUUAACCGAUCCCUGGUUCCUUUGCAAGGCCAGGAUUUGUUUAAUACACUCCAUUUUAGGCCAAAUCAGGACAAAAUCUGAAUCUAGGUAUUUUAUAACCUGCUUUUUAACCUCCAAAACCACGACUCACACUGAUCAGACCUCAUAUUGUCUUUACGAGUGUGUGUGUGUGUGUGUGUGUGCACCUGCAAAUACGAAUGUGUACAGAAAUAUGCGCGUGUGUGUGUGUAUGAGUAAGUGUGUACAGGAAUGUGCGCUUGUAUCAAUGUGUACAGGAAUCCGCAAGAGUGUGAUUGGGGUGUGUGUGCGCGCAUGGGUGCAAGUGUGUACAGGAAUACGCAAGUGUGUGUGCCUGUCAUUUGGUCUGAUUAUGUCACAUGUACCAGUGCAUAUUUAGAGUGCACUACUGCCACCUUACAUUGAAUAAGCUGCGUCUUCAAGUGAGUUAGUUAGUCACAAGUUACAGACUUUUUUUUUCUUGCCAUAUCUUUAAAAACUAACCGUAGAUGAUUUCAGUAUACGAGAAUAUUUUUUGUGCUUAUUUAUAGGUGCUUGUUUUUGUUUUCUAUCCAUUGUUUGGAAGGGGUGAAAGGGAGCGAGUCUCUUGAGGGCUAGACUGCCGGCAGUAUUGGGAUAUUUUACAAAUUUCACUGGAUAAAUAUUGGCGCCUCAACAUUUUCCAUGCUCCAAGUUAUUGAAUAGAAAUUAUUUCACAUUGUAAAUUACAUCAUAAUUUUGUGCUGGCCUUUGUGUAAAGGCCAACUUUCAUUGAAGUAACUGUGUAGCACAAUCAUAACCUUUGUCAUUUUAAUUAUAAUAUAUGGAUUCUGUUUUCUAUAAUAAUUAUGGUUGAGGGGGUAUAUAGCUGAUAUUGCACCACAGUGUGUUGUGUGUAGGUUUUGUAGCAGACUAUGACUGUUUAUAGGGCAAACUACAUUACUUGCAUGAUAUACAUUAAGUAAUCCUGUAAUUCACACGGGAAACCACAUGGACUGGGCACUCCGCUGUUGAUGCAGGUGGCGCUGGGCUGGGCUUAGGUGAAGGGGCUCUAGGAGGUGCCAGGCAGGGAGACAGACUGCGGCCGUAUCUCCAUUUACAUCCUCUUUACUAGGUUCAAAAUAAUAUAUGGGGAAGCACUUUCCCCAGUCUAAAUG